AUGAAAACCAGCCGAGAUGAAAUAGACGUCUCCAUCCCCGGCCCGUACUCGGGCGGUGUCGGCCCCGUCAUACCCCCAGGCUCAGACGUCAUCUUCCCGGACAAGCAGCCGCGCAACAACGCGGCUACUGCUGCUUCCGCCGCCGGCGUGCGAGCUCUGAGCGCCCAGGCCGUGGCCUUUUAUUUUCGCGCCCCCGUCAAGGCCUUUUUCCGCACCCGCGUCGACUACCUGGCCUAUGCGCGCUCUGUACAUCUGGCGCACACCGAGGUCUUGCGGCAGGCGGUUGCGAGCGACAAGACGCAGUCCCGCAUGGGCGCAGCGCUGCGCCAGACGUGGCUGUGGAUGCGCGGCACGACACCGGGCGUCAUCACCAGCGUCGUCCAGCAUCAUGGCUGGGGUAUCAUCCCGCAGCAGAUUCUGCCUCCUCUCAUGGCGAACGUGAGCGUCGGUGCUGUCCUAUAUACCAGCUACCUGCAGAUACUGGGCCUACUCCACGAGGAGAGCGGCAGGGCCAGCAAGCGUGCAUAUCCUCCGCCAGACCCAAAGCACACGUUUGCUGCAGGAUUCCUGGCCGGAAGCAUCCAGAGCGUCGUCGCCGCGCCGCUGGACGCAAUCCAGGCAAGGUUUGACCACCGCGACAUCAUGCCUGCAGACGCAAAGGGCCGCCCAAAGAGCAUGUGGAGCUUCAGUGCAGAGAAACUGCGCGAGAUUGGCCUCCGCGGCAUCUUUGCCGGCUGGGGAUUAAGCUUCCUCAAGGACGGGUUGGGAAAUGCCAUCUUCUUUAGCACAUUUGAGUACCUCAAGGCGCAGGGCUACUAUGGUUUCGUGACCUGGUAUUACGGUGGGCUGAGCGAAGACAUUGUUGACCUGUUGGCCUUGAAGCGAUCUCUCCCCCGGGACAAGCGGGCGAGGACCAAUGCCAGUGGGGACGUCGAAGGCGGCGAGCAGCCCAAGGUCAUCCGGCCUCACUAUGCCAUAGAGCCUGCCUUUCUGCUCCUCGCCGGCAUUGGUGCUUCCUUUGCUCAGCAGCUUGUAUUGCAUCCACUCACGCACGUUCAAGUGCGGCAUUGGGACCAUUUGGAAGAACUCGACGACAAGGCUGCGCGGCUUCGUGCUUCGGCCGUCGCCAAUCCGGACAAGCCGCGUCAUCGAUGGCGGAUGUUGAGGGCUUACUACCGUGCCUACCGGGAGACCUGGGCCCAGUGUACAGCCGAGGCGAGUGCAGAGCGUCUGGGAACAACACGUUGGCUCUACCGAGGGUUCUGGUGGAACACGAUACGACAGGUACCCAGUACGAGUGCAGGGCUCAUUAUAUUCGAGCUCGUGCGGCGGAAGUACGGAUUGGGAAGUGAUGAAGUCAGGAUUACACGAGAUGGUUAUGAUAUUCUCCUCAGAUAG